CAUAACUCAACGUCCCCUUCACAAAAAUGGCCCCUACCGUUCUCCACCUCCGCAGCGAGACCAAGCAUCUCGAGCAUCGGUCUGCGCUCACCCCCACCACCACCGCCGAGCUCAUCAAGGCUGGCUACAUCGUCAACGUCGAGCGCUCCCCCGAGCGAAUUUUCGACGAUGAGGAGUUCGAGAAGGCUGGCGCCACUCUGGUGCCUGAGCACAGCUGGGUCGAUGCUCCCAAGGAGCACAUCAUUGUUGGCCUGAAGGAGUUGGAGGAGAAGGAUUUCCCUCUCAAGCACGUUCAUGUUCAGUUCGCUCACUGCUACAAGCAGCAAGCUGGUUGGGAGAACGUUCUUGCCAGAUUCCCCCGCGGUGGCGGCACUCUUCUUGACCUCGAGUUCUUGGUUGAUGAGCACGGUCGCCGUGUGGCUGCUUUCGGCUUCCAUGCUGGUUUCGCCGGUGCCGCCCUUGCCCUGGAAGUGUGGGCUUGGCAGCUCAACCACAGCGAGCCCUUCCCCGGCGUCGAGAGCUACCCCAACGAGGAUGCUCUGAUUGCCGACGUCAAGAAGGCUGUCAAGGAGGGUGUUGAGGCGGCUGGCCGUCUUCCCCGCGUGAUCGUCAUUGGUGCCCGUGGCCGUUGCGGCUCCGGUGCCGUCAGCGCUCUCAAGAAGGCCGGUAUCCCCGAUGAGAACAUUCUCGACUGGGAUAUGGCCGAGACUGCGAAGGGCGGUCCUUUCAAGGAGAUCACCGACAGCGACAUUUUCGUCAACUGCAUCUACCUCACCAGCAAGAUUCCCAACUUUGUGAACAUGGAGUCCCUCCAGGUCCCCAACCGCCAGCUCCGCGUGGUCUGCGACGUCUCCGCCGACACCACCUCUCCCUUCACCCCGGUGCCCAUCUACACGGUGGCCACGACCUUCGACAAGCCUACGGUUCCUGUCGACGGGCUGACCUCGGGUCCUCCUCUCUCCGUCAUCUCCAUCGACCACCUCCCCUCGCUUCUGCCGCGCGAGGCUUCCGAGGCGUUCAGCCAUGAUUUGCUUCCCUCGUUGCUUACGCUUAAUGACUGGCAGAACUCGCCUGUCUGGGCGAGGGCGAAGCAGUUGUUUGAUGAGAAGGUUGCUACUUUGCCGGAGAGUGCCCUCCAGAAGUAAAAGGCCUCUCUUUUGAAGAAAAAUGAGCACGGGCGGAGGAAAGUUUACGGACUUGAUCGCUUUUUAUGAGGGAAAAAAAUAAAAGGACGUAUGCAGGGACCGAAAUUUCUCAAAAAAAAUAAAACGAAGCGUAGAGAAAAGGAGAACGGAUGUGAAACAAAAUUCAAAAGACACUUGUACAUGACAAGAGACUAGAAGGGAAUAGCUCAUGAAGAUAUGACGGACGGACGAACUAAAUCAAUAGAUGCCGACAGACGGCUUCAUUCCUAGAAAAAGGCAGAAGUAGACAAGGGCAGUGUCGAGAAAGGCACGAGAGUAGAACUUGGUCAUUUCACUCAACUAGGGAAACUGUUCACGCAAGU